CUGGCUGGGCAUUGAUAACCAACAGCCGCGCUACCAUUCCAUUGACUCCUACCUUACCUACCUUAAUCUUGCUUAUCAGUCACUGGCUGCGUGCCAUUGGUGAUGGGCGAUAACGACAUCCAGCCCCUCACGCAACAAAAGCCCAACCUUCGUGGCUAGAGGCCCUCAUUUCCUCCGAUUGCUCUUGUCUUGCGGUUUCCUUGGGCCGCAAGUCGCCACAACACACAUUGUACCACAACCAUAUCAAGAAGACACCAACCAGUGUUGCGAGGUUCUCGAAAGGGCCAAUUCUUACCCAAGGAGAGAACCCGCUGUAUUGUACUGCGAACAAGCGAUCAUUCCAUCUCUUCCGCUGCGUUCUCAGUUCUUUUUGGCAACCAUGACGACUAUUGCUCUCACUCGUCCCCUUCCGCCCCAUCGGCCUUCCUCUGCCAUUGGCUCCAUCUCGACCAUCCCGCUCGAAUCCAUUAGCCCGAACUCAGCUGUCCCCAAUAAGCAUAUUCCCACUUGCCCCCCGGGACCGGUCACCUCGGGGCAGUCAGAAAAGACCAAUUCGUCCCCGAGUGCUCAAGAUGGCCACGCUGUCCAGCCUUUGUCCUUGCUUUAUCCACCCCGAGGGUUCACCCGUCUCCAGUCAGAUUCUCUUCGACUCUUCGAGAUUAAGGCUGCAGAGGUGACCUCCGCCAUCGAUUAUAUAUCACGCCAGCCCCUACCAGACCCGUCGAUGGUCUUCCCGUGGCUUCACGGCUUACAUAUCAACAAUCACAUUCAACAAGCCUUCUUUAUCGCCCGCCGCAAGACUCUCAGGAGGACCCCGUCUUGCGUCCGCGGCCUGACUGUGAUCAAGGCUGAUGGGGAUCUGGCCGUCGCUCGACUCAAGGGCGCCGUCGCACCCCAGGAGAUCCUCGAUUACAGUGCCGCCCCCGAAUUCAUAGAUAUCGACCCCAAGGACGGCUUUUCCGUUAGAAACUUCCAGAUCCAGGCUACCAAGUCAGCCACGCUUUCCGACAUUGUCAUCUACGGUGAUGAUACCGCUCUUGUCCGCAAGCUGGGCUGGGACGUUGCUGCUGCUCAGUUUCGAUGGCGGCAGAGGCAUGAAGCCCAGGGCCACACAAUACCUGAAUACAAUACCUUCAUAUGCGUGGACCCGUUUCGGACCUUUGAAGAGAAGUGCCCCGAAGUCGUUGCAAUCGAUUCACAUGGUCGGCUGACGGGUAACGUCGUUGACCUCUUCCACCAGGAGAGGAAGGAAAUGUAUGACAUGGCCAAGGCCUCGGAGAUAUCACAUAACGUUUGGCUCGGUCCGACGCCGGACCCGUCCACCGACGAUGCGGCGCAAUUCGAUAUUCUCAUCGAAUGUAGCGAUGUCGGGCGCAUGAAUCCGACGGCCUUGAAGGCAAUCGCGCAGUCGCGCAAGAGGGACACUCGCCACCCAUUCCUCGACUUCCCCUCUUCUGGCAGCGUGUCACCGCCCACCUGGUCCCAGGCAGAGGCUGAUGGCAUACUGGAGACGUGUAAGUGGAUCUAUCAUCUAGCCCACGGCACGUUUCCCGGCGAUGACAACCUGGAUCUGGAUGGCGACACCGACAUGGAAGAGGACGAGGAAGAGCUGAAGGAGGAGCUGCCUAGUCGCCGCCCUAUGAAAAUCCUCGUCCACUGCGCCGAUGGGUAUACCGAGUCGACCAUGCUCGGGAUCGCGUACUUGAGCUACAGCACGGGCCGGGGAGUGCCUGACGCCUGGUUGCACCUUCACACGGAAAAACGCCGUAACUUCUUUGCCUACCCAUCCGAUGUAGCUCUACUCACCUGCAUCGAGUCUCGACUGCUGCGCGAGUCGCCGGUCCACGCCAGGAAACGCCUAUCCGAGAUCGACGCUCUGAUCAAAGAGCCUCCCUGGAUUGCAGGCCUGGAUGGCUCGUUCCCUAGCCGCAUCCUCGACUACAUGUAUCUGGGCAAUCUUAACCAUGCCAAUAACCCAGACCUCCUGAGGGCUCUCGGCAUUGGUCAGAUUCUCAGUGUCGGGGAGACCGCGAUGUGGCGGGAUGGUGAAUUGCAGGAAUGGGGACCGGAUAACGUGCGCGUCAUCCAAGGCGUGCAGGACAACGGCAUCGACCCUCUGACAAACGAGUUUGAGGGGUGCCUGAAAUUUAUCGAGCGUGGUAGGCGAAAUGGCACCGCGACCCUGGUCCACUGCAGAGUGGGGGUCUCCCGAAGCGCGACAAUUUGCAUUGCCGAGGUGAUGCGAGAGCUGGAUCUCACAUUUCCCCGAGCGUACUGCUUUGUCCGCGCUCGCAGGCUAAACGUUAUCAUCCAGCCGCAUCUUCGAUUUGUCUACGAACUCCUAAAGUGGGAAGAGGAGUUGCAGACGAGGAAGAAUGGUGGCUCGGGACUUAAGAGGGAGCUCGAGUGGGGUGAGAUCACCCGCGAAAUUGCCUUGAUGAACCGACCUUAUGCGAGGUGACUUUAAGCUCCUUGGUUUCGAAUAAUGAGGCGUUCCUCAUACGAAGUACGAAGUAUGUAUGUCUCUUCCUAAGCGCCAUAUAAUAGUUAUGGGUUAGAGCCGGAAAUGUCUAUGGGGAACAGA